AUGGCGCCACGGAUCCCUGAUCUUGGUUUACAAGAGCUGAUCGUCAUUGCAUGUUGGUACCUUUGGUGGGAGAGAAGGAAAAUUGUCCAUGAAGAGAAGGUUCAAAAGGCAGCCCAAUCUGCGCAAGCUAUCUCAGUGCUUGCCAUUAAUUAUUUCCGAGCUCUUAAGAAGGAUGCUGGGAUUAAGAGACAUGGCUGGGAGAAACCAAAAGAAGGUUGUAUUAAACUUAAUAUCGACGCUGCUUUCUCUCAUGAAUAUUUUUCAGGUGCAACGGGUGUAGUGUUAAGAGAUGACAAAGGAAUGUUCAUAGCGGCUUGUAGCUGUGGCAUUGAGCACGUCGGUGAUGCGUCAACUGCUGAAGCCAGAGCCCUGAAGGAUGGCCUGGUCCUGGCGGGUCAAAUGGGCUGCUCAAAACUGGAGGUUAAUAGUGAUUGUAUGGAGGUUAUUAAUACUAUGACGCAAGAGGGUAACUCGGCGGGACCUGCGGCGGCGAUAUAUGAAGAAUGUGCUUUCCUGGCGAGAGGGUUUGCAAAGGUGACUUUUAGUCACUGUCCUAGAGAAAGUAACAUAGUUGCUCAUAACCUUGCAGCCAAGGCGCAGGGGUAUCAGUCAGUGGUUUGGAUUGAUGAACCACCUGAUUUUGUAAUAGCUGAGUUAGCCAAUGAUGUAAGCCUCUUCACUAUGUAA